CACCUGUCAACGUCACUUUGGCUCAAGUGAAAAUCUGUUGACAGUCGGUGUUGCUUGUAGUGUUUCUGAUUAGAUUUUCGACUGUUGUGGCCCCGCGUUUCGGAUCCUAGAUAUAAGGAUGUUGUUGAUAAGAUCGUUAAUAGUCACCCUCUUGAUAGUAUGUGCCUCGAUCGUAUUAUCAAAUGGACAAGGGAAGGCGCCGAAGCAAGGAUUAUCACUAUCCGAAAAAGUUCAAAAUCUUCUUGAUAUGAACGCAAAAAAAUCCGUCCUCAAACUCAACGGUAAUAAGUUCCGUGAAUACGUUAAACAAUCGCCCCGCAAUUAUUCUGUUAUUAUAAUGCUUACGGCCUUGGCUCCAUCACGGCAGUGCUCAAUAUGUCGACAUGCUCACGACGAGUACACAAUUGUAGCGAAUUCAUACCGCUACUCACCCGUUUACAACAACAAGCUAUUUUUCGCCAUGGUCGAUUUCGACGAGGGAUCGGACGUUUUCCAAAUGUUACGACUGAACACGGCACCCGUGUUCAUGCAUUUCCCACCGAAAGGAAAGCCAAAGGCAGCUGACACCAUGGACAUUCACCGAGUCGGUUUCUCCGCAGAAGCUAUUGCCAAGUUUGUGCAAGAACGAACUGAUAUUCAGAUUAGAGUCUUCCGGCCACCGAAUUAUUCAGGAACUGUUGCAGUUAUUACGCUUGGAGCACUGUUGGCUGGAUUCUUGUAUUUGAGGAGGAAUAAUUUGGAGUUCUUGUACAACAAGCAGCUGUGGGGAACGUUAGCAGUAUUAUUCUGUUUUGCGAUGAUCUCAGGCCAAAUGUGGAAUCAUAUAAGGAGCCCACCGCUGGUCCAUAAGAGUCAGAAUGGAGGAAUCGCUUACAUACAUGGUUCGUCGCAAGGACAACUGGUCAUUGAGACGUACAUUGUGAUGUUUUUGAAUGCAAUGAUCGUCAUUGGAAUGAUUCUACUGACAGAAUCUGGUUACCAGUCAGAGUUGCGUAAAGGACGCAUCAUGGUCAUUUCCGGCCUAUGUCUAGUCGUCAUAUUCUUUUCAAUAUUAUUAUCAGUUUUCCGAUCGAAAGCACAAGGUUACCCUUACAGUUUCCUCUUCAAAUAGGAUUAAACAGAAUCUUUUAUAUUUAUAGAAUUCGUGAAAGAUUCGCUAUUUUUUCUCUAGUUUGUUGUAAAAAUUGAAAUUCCAAAUGAGGAUAUAUAAUACGGAACAUUUAAGCAAGGAGAACAUAGUGGUAUAGUGCAAGUGUUGUGUGACAAUAAUAUGAUUGAGGUUCAUUCAACGUUCAAAUUCGCAUUUGGGUUCACUUGGUAGUUUCCAUUUUGUUUUCAUUGUUGCAUGUCUAGUUACUGAGUUAUUUUCAACGGAAAUAAAAACAACAAAUUAUCAAAAAUGAUGUAAAAUUAUUGUUGUAAAAUAGGAUUUACAUUUUUUCUCUGCGUGUCUUUUGAAUAAUAAAAAAGAAUAAACAAUA